AUGUAUUUAAGAAAAUGUAGUGUGAUUGUGACCCUGUCUCAGUAUUUAAAAAUGCUAAUUGAUGUGUUUAUUCUUGCUUUUCUAGUGAUUUGCAGCUUUCGAGGAUCUGUCCCUCAAGGGUUGGUCUUAGAAAUAGGAGAAACAGUCCAGAUUCUUGAAAAAUGUGAAGGUUGGUACAGAGGAGUUUCAACAAAGAAGCCAAAUGUGAAGGGGAUCUUUCCUGCAAACUACAUUCACUUGAAAAAGGCAAUUGUCAGUAAUAGGGGGCAGUAUGAAACUGUGGUUCCACUUGAAGAUUCUAUAGUGACUGAGGUUACAGCGACUCUACAGGAAUGGGCCAGUCUGUGGAAACAACUAUAUGUGAAACACAAAGUAGAUCUUUUCUACAAACUACGCCAUGUGAUGAAUGAACUAAUUGACCUGCGAAGGCAGCUACUAUCUGGUCAUCUGACUCAGGACCAGGUGCGGGAGGUUAAGCGGCACAUCACCGUGCGCCUGGACUGGGGUAAUGAGCAUUUGGGCCUGGACCUGGUGCCUCGGAAGGACUUUGAAGUAGUGGAUUCGGACCAGAUUAGUGUCUCGGAUCUCUAUAAAAUGCAUUUAUCUAGCCGACAGAGUGUACAGCAGAGCACAUCCCAGGUAGAUACAAUGCGCCCACGUCAUGGGGAAACCUGUCGGAUGCCAGUGCCACAUCACUUCUUCCUCAGCCUAAAGAGUUUCACCUACAAUACCAUUGGAGAAGAUACCGAUGUCUUCUUUUCCUUAUAUGACAUGAGAGAAGGCAAGCAGAUAAGUGAGCGAUUUCUGGUGAGACUGAACAAGAAUGGUGGGCCAAGGAACCCAGAGAAGAUAGAACGAAUGUGUGCCCUUUUUACAGAUCUGAGCAGCAAAGAUAUGAAGAGAGAUUUGUAUAUAGUUGCCCACGUGAUCCGAAUAGGCCGGAUGCUCCUGAAUGACUCAAAGAAGGGCCCUGCUCAUCUGCACUACAGGCGACCAUAUGGCUGUGCAGUCCUGAGCAUCUUGGAUGUCCUACAAUCACUCGCAGAAUUAAAGGAAGAAAAGGAUUUUGUUCUUAAAGUUUACACGUGCAACAAUGAGAGUGAGUGGUCCCAGAUCCAUGAGAACAUCAUCCGAAAGUCCAGCGCCAAAUACUCUGCCCCCAGCGCCAGCCAUGGUCUUAUCAUUGCUCUACAGCUUCUUCGUGGAGACAUGGAACAGAUUCGGAGAGAAAAUCCCAUGAUAUUUAAUAGGGGAUUGGCAAUAACAAGAAAAUUGGGAUUUCCUGAUGUCAUUAUGCCAGGUGAUAUCCGCAAUGACCUGUACCUAACCCUAGAGAAAGGGGAUUUCGAGAGAGGAGGAAAGAGUGUACAAAAGAAUAUUGAAGUGACCAUGUAUGUACUUUAUGCAGAUGGAGAAAUCUUGAAGGAUUGCAUCAGCUUGGGUUCAGGAGAGCCAAAUAGGAGUUCCUACCACUCCUUUGUCCUCUACCACAGUAAUAGUCCUCGUUGGGGAGAAAUUAUCAAAUUGCCUAUCCCCAUUGACCGGUUCCGGGGCUCCCACCUGCGCUUCGAGUUCAGACAUUGUUCCACAAAGGACAAAGGGGAAAAGAAACUCUUUGGCUUUGCGUUCUCACCCCUGAUGCGUGAUGAUGGCACUACCCUCUCAGAUGAUAUUCACGAGCUUUAUGUGUACAAGUGCGACGAAAAUAGCACAUUUAACAACCAUGCUCUGUACCUGGGCCUACCCUGCUGCAAAGAAGACUACAAUGGCUGCCCUAAUAUCCCCUCCAGCCUCAUCUUCCAGCGCAGCACCAAAGAGUCUUUCUUCAUUUCCACUCAGCUCUCCUCUACCAAACUCACCCAGAAUGUGGACCUCCUUGCUCUACUAAAAUGGAAGGCCUUCCCAGACCGGAUUAUGGAUGUCCUAGGACGGCUGCGGCACGUCAGUGGGGAGGAAAUUGUUAAGUUUCUACAGGACAUCUUAGAUACGCUCUUUGUGAUUUUGGAUGAUAAUACAGAGAAAUAUGGCCUGUUGGUUUUUCAGUCUCUGGUAUUCAUCAUCAACCUGCUCCGAGACAUCAAGUAUUUUCAUUUCCGACCUGUGAUGGACACAUAUAUCCAGAAGCACUUUGCUGGAGCUCUGGCAUACAAGGAGCUCAUCCGCUGUUUGAAGUGGUAUAUGGACUGCUCAGCAGAACUAAUUCGGCAGGACCACAUUCAAGAAGCCAUGCGGGCUUUGGAGUACCUUUUCAAGUUCAUUGUGCAGUCGCGGAUCCUGUACUCACGAGCCACAUGCGGGAUGGAAGAGGAGCAAUUCCGAUCCAGCAUCCAAGAACUUUUCCAGUCCAUCCGGUUUGUGCUAAGUCUGGACAGCAGAAACUCAGAAACACUUCUUUUCACUCAGGCUGCACUCCUCAAUUCUUUCCCCACCAUUUUUGAUGAGCUGCUGCAAAUGUUCACCGUACAAGAGGUGGCAGAAUUUGUGAGAGGGACACUGGGGAGCAUGCCAAGCACUGUGCACAUCGGGCAGUCGAUGGACGUGGUCAAGCUACAAUCCAUCGCCAGGACAGUGGACAGCCGCUUAUUUUCUUUCUCAGAAUCCCGCCGCAUCCUGCUUCCUGUGGUUCUCCAUCACAUUCACCUUCACCUGAGGCAGCAGAAAGAGCUGCUAAUUUGCUCAGGGAUUCUCAGCAGUAUCUUCUCCAUCGUCAAGACCAGCUCUCUGGAGGCAGAUGUCAUGGAGGAAGUAGAGAUGAUGGUGGAGAGCCUCCUAGAUGUGCUCUUGCAGACUUUGCUCACCAUCAUGAGCAAAUCACACGCUCAGGAGGCGGUAAGAGGGCAGCGGUGCCCGCAGUGCACAGCCGAGAUCACUGGCGAGUAUGUAUCCUGCCUUCUCUCACUGCUCCGCCAGAUGUGUGACACCCAUUUCCAGCACCUCUUGGACAACUUCCAGAGCAAAGAUGAACUCAAGGAAUUCUUGCUGAAGAUUUUCUGUGUGUUCCGGAACCUGAUGAAGAUGAGUGUCUUCCCUCGGGACUGGAUGGUGAUGAGACUGCUCACAAGCAAUAUUAUAGUCACUACUGUCCAGUACCUGUCCUCUGCACUGCACAAGAAUUUCACAGAGACAGACUUCGACUUUAAGGUGUGGAAUUCUUAUUUUAGCCUGGCAGUUCUGUUCAUAAAUCAACCAAGCCUUCAACUAGAAAUCAUCACUUCAGCCAAAAGGAAGAAGAUUCUAGAUAAGUAUGGGGACAUGCGUGUGAUGAUGGCUUAUGAACUCUUCAGCAUGUGGCAGAAUUUGGGUGAACAUAAGAUCCACUUUAUUCCGGGAAUGAUUGGUCCUUUUCUUGGUGUGACACUGGUACCACAACCAGAAGUGAGGAACAUCAUGAUUCCCAUCUUUCAUGACAUGAUGGACUGGGAGCAGAGGAAGAAUGGCAACUUCAAACAGGUGGAGGCUGAACUGAUUGACAAGCUGGACAGCAUGGUGUCAGAAGGGAAAGGUGACGAGAGCUACAGGGAACUCUUCAGCCUGCUAACCCAGCUGUUUGGGCCCUACCCCAGCCUACUGGAGAAAGUUGAACAGGAAACAUGGCGUGAGACCGGCAUUUCCUUUGUGACCUCUGUCACCCGCCUCAUGGAACGUCUUCUUGACUACAGGGACUGCAUGAAAGGAGAGGAAACAGAGAAUAAGAAGAUCGGCUGUACCGUUAACCUGAUGAACUUUUACAAAUCUGAGAUUAACAAAGAAGAGAUGUAUAUCCGUUACAUCCAUAAGCUUUGUGACAUGCACUUGCAGGCUGAAAACUACACAGAGGCUGCAUUCACCCUGCUCCUUUACUGUGAGCUGCUGCAGUGGGAGGAUCGGCCACUGCGGGAAUUCCUCCACUACCCAUCCCAGACAGAGUGGCAGCGGAAAGAGGGACUGUGCCGGAAGAUCAUUCACUACUUCAACAAAGGCAAGAGCUGGGAGUUUGGGAUCCCACUAUGCAGGGAGCUGGCAUGUCAGUAUGAGAGCCUCUACGAUUAUCAGAGCCUCAGCUGGAUUCGGAAAAUGGAGGCCAGCUACUAUGACAACAUUAUGGAGCAGCAACGCCUGGAACCUGAGUUCUUUCGAGUUGGCUUCUAUGGCAGGAAGUUUCCUUUCUUCCUUCGGAACAAAGAAUAUGUGUGCCGUGGCCAUGACUACGAGAGGCUGGAGGCCUUCCAGCAGAGGAUGCUCAGCGAGUUCCCACAGGCCGUCGCCAUGCAGCACCCCAACCAUCCUGACGAUGCCAUCCUACAGUGUGAUGCCCAGUACUUGCAGAUCUAUGCAGUGACGCCCAUUCCAGAUUAUGUGGAUGUUCUGCAGAUGGACAGGGUCCCAGAUCGCGUCAAGAGCUUCUAUCGUGUCAACAAUGUGAGGAAGUUCCGGUACGACAGGCCUUUUCACAAAGGCCCCAAGGACAAGGAGAAUGAAUUCAAGAGCCUGUGGAUUGAGCGCACCACACUGACCCUGACCCACAGCUUACCUGGCAUCUCUCGAUGGUUCGAAGUGGAGAGGAGGGAACUGGUGGAGGUAAGCCCUCUAGAGAAUGCCAUCCAAGUAGUUGAGAAUAAGAACCAGGAGCUACGGGCCCUGAUCAGCCAGUAUCAACACAAGCAAGUACACGGCAACAUCAACCUGCUCAGCAUGUGCCUGAACGGUGUCAUCGAUGCAGCUGUCAAUGGAGGCAUUGCGCGCUACCAGGAGGCCUUCUUUGAUAAAGAUUAUAUCAUCAAACACCCAGGAGAUGCUGAGAAGAUCACCCAGCUCAAGGAGCUCAUGCAAGAGCAGGUCCAUGUCCUUGGAGUCGGGCUAGCAGUUCAUGAGAAGUUUGUGCACCCAGAAAUGAGGCCUCUGCAUAAGAAGCUGAUUGAUCAGUUCCAGAUGAUGCGGGCCAGUCUCUACCAUGAGUUUCCAGGUUUGGAUAAGCUAAGCCCUGCAUGUUCAGGCACCAGCACCCCACGGGGAAAUGUUCUGGCAUCUCAUAGCCCCUUGAGUCCUGAAAGCAUCAAGAUGACUCACCGGCACAGCCCCAUGAACUUGAUGGGCACAGGCCGCCAUUCAUCAUCCUCUCUCUCCUCACAUGCGUCUAGCGAAGCAGGAAACAUGGUGAUGCUAGGCGACAGCUCCAUGGGCGAGGCUCCCGAGGACUUGUACCACCACAUGCAGCUCGUGUAUCCCAACCCCAGGUACCAGGGCUCAGUCACCAACGUCUCUGUUCUGUCCUCGUCCCAGGCAAGCCCUUCUUCUUCCAGCCUGAGUUCCACUCACUCUGCACCAUCCCAGAUGAUUACCUCUGCCCCUUCCAGUGCCCGAGGCUCUCCCUCUCUGCCAGAUAAGUACCGCCAUGCCCGGGAAAUGAUGUUGCUGCUGCCCACACACCGGGACCGCCCAAGCAGUGCCAUGUAUCCAGCAGCCAUCCUGGAGAACGGACAGCCACCGAAUUUCCAACGGGCCUUGUUCCAGCAAGUGGUCGGAGCCUGCAAACCCUGCAGUGAUCCCAAUCUGUCUGUGGCUGAAAAAGGUCAUUACUCCCUACACUUUGACGCUUUCCACCACCCUCUGGGUGAAACCCCCCCGGCCCUCCCUGCCCGGACCCUGCGCAAGUCUCCUCUGCACCCCAUCCCAGCCUCCCCCACAAGCCCCCAGUCAGGUCUGGACGGCAGCAACUCUACACUGUCCGGCAGUGCCAGCAGUGGCGUGUCCUCCUUGAGUGAGAGUAACUUUGGGCACUCCUCAGAGGCCCCACCUCGCACUGACACCAUGGACUCCAUGCCAAGCCAGGCCUGGAACGCUGACGAAGAUCUUGAGCCGCCCUACCUCCCUGUCCACUACAGCCUCUCUGAAUCCGCUGUCCUGGAUUCCAUCAAGGCCCAGCCAUGCAGAAGCCACUCAGCCCCAGGGUGCGUCAUCCCUCAAGACCCCAUGGACCCGCCUGCGCUGCCACCCAAGCCCUACCACCCCCGCCUGCCAGCCCUGGAGCAUGAUGAGGGGGUGCUGCUUCGCGAGGAGACUGAGAGGCCUCGGGGCCUGCACCGCAAGCCCUCACUGCCUCCUGGGAGCGCCAAGGAGGAGCAGGCCCGCAUGGCCUGGGAGCACAGCCGAGGGGAACAGUGAGGGGCAGGGAGGCGGCUGGGACACCGCCCUCAGCGAGCAGCUUGCCCAACCACUCUGGGUCUGAAAAGCAAGUCCCCCCAGGAAGCUAAAGGGGCUUGGCACUCAGGAGAGAACCACCCCAAGUCUCCGUUCUACUGCCGUGAACUCAUGUGUUGCCAUGUACAGAGGCUGCAGCAGCAUGAAGGGUUGUGGCUUCUCUUUUAUUUCAUUUUUUACAUUUCCAUUUUUAUGGGUUUUCCUUUCUUUAUGCAGUAGAUGCUUUCUUUCUCCUGCGGUUCCAGACAUGUGGAGCUAUAUGGAGAUAUUGCACAGACAGAGUUACUUUGCCGCACUGCAGGGCCCAGGAGCAGGAGCCCAGGCCCUCCCUCCAGGGAAGAGAUGCACAGAAUGGAAAUUGCACUAGGGACCUCUUCCUCUGCUGUAUGAACAGAAAAGUUCAUGGUUGCAUUCAGGGAUUGCAAGGACCACAUGGACUACGUCACUGGUGGAUAAAGGGGCUACAAGCCGUUUUGCACAAAUGCCUGCCCACUCUUCCAUCCAGGAGUGUGCAACUGAGGGGCUGGCCGGGCCAACCUGCUGGCUGAGGCAUGUGACUGGCCUAACUGCAUGCCCAGGGCACACUGCCAGGCUUCCAUGGGCCGGCCAUCUCCUCCUACUCCACUUUGGAUUCUUCUCUCCAUCACAAUUUCUGACCAUUCGCUACCUUCUACUCUUGAUACAUCUCAUACCCCACAGGAGCCCCCAUGGCAAAUAGAUAUGCAAGGGUUAUCUCCCACCCUCUGAGGCUUGAGUGGAGGUGCAGAGCCAGAGGGGCUACCCUAGCCACCUUCCUCCUAGGGGGAGCUGAGCACAUUCCCAUGUGGUAGAGAGCCUGGUUUGAAAAUGAGGCUGUGGUGUGGCAGGGGCCGGAAAUCCUCUAAGCUUUCAGAAGCAUCCAGAAUACUUGCCAUCAGCUCCUGAAUCAGGGAUUUUCAGCACUACCUCUGAGCCAUGGGGUUGGCUGCCCAGCCAGGCUUCCAGGCCCUGAGGACAUGUGGUCAGGUUCAGCACGCUCCAGUGUAGAGUGUGGGAGGGAGCUUCUCCUUUUGGAAGCAGAUAGCCAUGCAAGUAGAAUUGUUAUCUCUCAACUGGCCAAGUAGAGUGCCCCCUGCUCCAGGCCCACUGGGGACCACCACUCAGGGUUCGAGGCGGGCAGGAAGGCAGUUUCUCCAGCUUCCCCAGUCUGUCGGGCAGAACGCAGUAGUGUCUUUAUAGGAAACUCUUUCAGGUCAGGGCACUAAUUUUCCUCUGUUUAUUAUUUGGGGGGAUAGGGUGGGGUGGGUAUAGUAGUAUUUUACCAGGGUGCUUCUAAGUUACUUAAAAAAAAAUAUAUUGUCUACAAAAAUUUUUUUUCUUUUAUUUGCUUGAGUUCACAUCAGUGAUGGUCACGGCUUUGAUGGUCACAAGGCUGCCUUCUCCUUGUUGAGCAGGCAUGUUGCUCCCCAGUUCCUCUUCUGCUGGCCUGCCUGACCUCCAUGGUCAGGACCUGGGCCCUAGUCCCUCAUCCCUUCUCCAUAACCCCUCUUUCCAAACAGAAAAGGCCACGGUCAGGGUGUUUUUCCCUUGUAAACAAACACUUAACUUGUUUAACAGAAAUGCCAGCAAGUAACCUAUUGGGAAAGGUGGAGGGCUGAAUUACCUUUACGGUUUCUGGGGAUUUAUCACUAAUGUGGGUCUUUUCUGAUACCAUCUGGAAAGUGGAGCAGAAGGCUGCUGAGAGUGUGGUAAGUCAUGGCGGCCCCAGCUCGAAGGGCAGGCCUGCUUCUAAGCCUAGAUUCACUUGCAAGCUUCAGUCUCUGGACCAUCUGGUGUUCACAGAUGUUAGGGUUGGGGGCUAGCUUUGGAUUUGAUUCUUAGACAGGAGGGCAUCUUUAGAUUUUAAGGCUUCUGAACCUCAAUCCCUGGACCAGGCAAUCAUCAAAGAACAGUUAACUUCUCCACUUGGUGACACAGGAGAUAGGGUGGAGAGGGGUGUGUGGGUUCAUCUGGCCUUGCUUUGUGCAAGGUGAAACAGUAUGUUUUCCCUCUCCAUUUUCCCUAACUGGAUGAAAAGGACACAUUCUGAAUCCCUUUUGUUAGAGAAUCAGCCAGUCUGAGGGGAAAUGGGAAGCCAGAGAUGAGAAUCCUUUGAAAAGAUUGUAAAAUACUGAUUUUCAUUCUUUCGAGCUUAUUUGUAAAUAUCUAUUUGAAUGCUGUGUAUUUGUACAGGAAUUUGAGCAAAAAAUGUAUAGAGUGUGAUGUUCAACUGGUAUUCAGCCCUAUAAAUGUGUUUUUAACCUCUGGCAUUCUGUGCUUAUUUAAAACAAAAAAACUUCUAACCAUUUCUUUUGUGUAUUCAUGUUUAAAGAAAAAGUGAUUUAAAAUGAUCUUACCUGUACCAGAAAAGCAAAGUUAAAAAAAAAUUUGUACCAAUGUCCCAAGGGAUAUUUUACUGUAUAUAUUGUGGUAGCAUGUUCAAAAUCCAAGACGUAAUGUGAAUUUUAGAUGUAAAUAUCUGCCACUUGACUUUCCCCCCCCCUUUCCCGCUCCGUUGACUGCUGUGAUGUGAAUUAAAGAUGAAUACCUGACACUGA